AUGGCGGCAAGAUGGGGCUCGUUUCUGUCCCAAGCAGUUGCUGGCGUCGAAGCGCGCCUCGAUACAAUCUUGGCCGAGGAUGAUCCGAAAUCAACGCCUGCCUCGAAACCAGCCAUAGCCAGUGCUACUGCCACAUCUUCGGCAACAACGACAACGACUACAACUACGCCGCCACCCAGAUCCAGUACUCCAUCGAGGUCAACAAAUGACCGCCUUCAAGAGCGCCUGGCCCGCGCCAUGGCUGCCAAGGGCAGCUCUCAGAGCACUGCGCCUCGAAGUAGCACUGAGGUUGCGUCUUCGAAUCCCAGCCCACGACCCAGUCUGGACCAGUCCGCACGGCCAUCGACCGACAGCCCUGCCCGGCUCAGUACAGAUACACCACGAAUAAGCCUCUCUGCCGAUGAUGAUGCGAGCGCCAAAGCGACAGUGCCUCUGGAUACUCCUGUUGUGGACAGGAGCGCCACCGCUUCGCCAGCAACACAAGAGCGGGGGUCAACGGGAGCUCAGCAAAGGUCAGCGUCACCCGCUGAGACCCAGUACAAGCCAGAGGCGACCAUGAUGAUACCCGGCCUGGCAGGUAAACCACUUGCACGAACACCGUCCACGCGAGUGGAAGAGCUCGAAAAGGCGUUGGAGGAGCUACGCGCGCAACACCAGGAGGAGAUACUGGGCCAUACGGAACGGGUAGACGCCUUGCAGUCCAAACUGCAAUAUCUUGCACGCGAAGCCUUGGACAGUGCCAAGGCAACCUCGGCUGAUGCACCGGCUGGUAGUUUAGAGAAGAAGCUCGCUGACAAGGACCAACAAGUCGCUCUGUUGAUGGAGGAGGGCCAGAAAUUAUCGAGCACAGAACAAAAGCUGCGAGCCAUGAUCAAGAAGCUGCGUGCGCAACUAGCAGCCAACGAGAAGGACCUCAGCUCACAGAAAGUCGCGAGGCAGAAAGCCGAAAGCGAGUGGAGCUCGGCCAAACGGCGCCUCAAGGAUGCCGAGGAUUCGGGGAAGUCCAAUGAGGAUGCUCAUAAGCUUGUCGCUCAGCUCAAAAGAGACGUGGACAGACUCAAGUCCGAGGUAGCCACGAAGAGCACGACGAUUACGGAUCUGAAGGCGAGGAUACAAGAGGAAACCGAGCGGUACAAGACUAUGGCCGCUAAGGCAAACGAUCAGCUUGUUGAGAGCAAGGAGAAGAGAAUCCGUGAGCUGGAGGAUGCUGUAGCUGCUCUCGAGGUGGAGAAAGGACUAGUGGCGGACAGAGCGAAGGCACAAGCAUCUGAACUACGAGAGAAGGCAGACCGCGCUGCGGAAAGGUCGAGGGCGGUCGAGCUCGAGCUCAAGGGUGAGGUGCAGAUUCUCGAGAGCAAGCUGGAAGCACUGCGAGCUCGGGCAGAGGAAGCAUCCUCUGGUGCCGUAGGAGAUGCUCAGGCAAAGCUAUUGCGGCAGAUUGAGACACUCCAGACGCAAUACUCGAUCGCGAGCGAGAACUGGCAAGGAAUGGAGGCUUCUUUGGCAGCUAGAGUCGCAAGCCUGGAGAAGGAGAGGGACGAAGCUUUGCGUAGAGAGUCUGACAUGCGGAAAAAGGCUCGCGAAGCGGCUGCACGUGCCAAGAUACAAGAAGAAGAGCUCGAAGAAGCCAAGACACAAUUGCCGCAGGUGAAGCAGGACCUAUCAUCACACCAAUCUCAGCUCGAAGCGCUUCGGGCGCGGGCAGAGGCAGCCGAGGCCGCCUUGGCGGAGAGCAAGGCCGAUUUGGAGAAGCAAAAGCGAUCCUGGAAGGCCGAGAGGAGCGAGAGAGCGGAGAGCAGCGACCGGAGAGGUUGGCUCGAUGAGGCGAUGGUGGCAUCUGCAUCCGUUCGCAACGGCGGAAGCCGGCCUGAAUCACCGCUUUUGUCGGCUCCACAGCGGACCUUCAGCAGCGACUUCUUGGGACUCCAAAACUUUCCAACGAAACUGCGGAAAACCUCUGCACCCUCGAGCAAUGGAGAGCCCCCUAGUCUAGCUGGUGAGAGGCAAUCCCCUGCAAGGCGACCUUCGGCGCUCGCGAUGAGCCGGCCGUCGGUUUUCUCGUCACAUUCAGGACACUCAGCGCACUCGCCAUCGUUGUUUGGUGGCCUCGAGCCCGUGCCAUCCUUGCCGUCACACCCGGAAGAUAGAGAUGAGAUGUUUGACAACGUCGAGACGCCACUGUCGCCCCAGAACGUACUGCACGACAUGGUAUCAGUGUCAACAAUUGGUGCGGGGCCAUCUGUCCAGCUCGUAGAGAAACUUAGUGCCGCAGUCCGGCGGCUGGAGAGUGAGAAGGUUGCCGCCAAGGAAGAGCUCGCGAGGAUAUCAGGCCAGCGGGACGAGGCGCGCAAUGAGAUCGUGGCGCUCAUGAAAGAGGCCGAAUUGGGCAAGGCCGCGAGGCAAAAGACGGAGACUCUCGAGAAAGAAGUCGCGGAGAUUAAUGAGAGGUAUCAGACCACGCUCGAGAUGCUUGGAGAGAAGAGCGAGCUCGUUGAGGAGCUCAAAGCAGACGUGCAGGACGUCAAAGCGAUGUAUAGAGAUUUGGUUGAGCGUACGAUUAAAUGAAUUCAAGCAGCAGCCUCGACGAGGAUCGAUCUCCCGGGGCUCUGUAAACCUUCUACCCAGUCACAUCAGAUAGGCCACAUUGUGUCGUUAAAUGGAGACAAACAGACC